UACUCAUCAUUUAUAGAGAUGUAGUAUAACAACCCUGUCUACCAAACCCAAAUUUUUUUUGCUUUAAAGUUAAAGCCCACUAUAGUUAAACAUAAAGUUUUCCUUUUUUUCUUCACAAAUAGAAAGUCAUUUCCUUCCUCAUUUUUUUUCUUUUUCUCUAUGCGAACGAUACAAAGAUAAAAAAAAAACACAGAUCAAACAGAAAAUAAAAAUAAAGAUCAUCAACAAUGAUCUUACAGUCAUCAUCGGAUACAUGCUCACACUCUUAUCCUUUAUUGCUUGUAAUUUCAUCAUCAUGUACAACAUGUACUGUUCAUUUUCUGUCUUACUGUUGUGCAAGUUUUUUUCUAUUUAUCAUAUCAAAAUUUUAUGAAAUGCGAUUCGUGAAGAAACAAAAUAUAUUUAGAUGAUAUUUCUCAAAAUAUAUUCGUGUAGAAUUUUUUAUAUUUUUGUUUUAUUAGGUCGUCUUACUCCCUAUUAGAUCUAAGAUUCAAAGGACCAUAACACUUUUAGGUUAAUUUUAAUAUAUAUUUUUUUAACAAUUUAAAGUUUAUAUGAUCUAUAUAUAAUUAGGUUUUUAAAAAUUUGAAAACCAAUGCAACUGUUUCAUUCGGAUUUACCAUGGAAUAUAAUCAUUAAAAGACAAUAUACCUUGACUAAUUCAUGUCAAAUAGCGAAUGUAAUUUCUUUAGAUUAAUAUUAAGUAGGUAGGUAUGUUCUAGCCAAAAUAGAUGAAUAUAUGUAAGUUAUUAUUUUCUCAAAAUUUAUAGUUUAACUAGUUUCCAGAUUUUAAGGUUUUUUACUAAUUAUUUUCAGGUAUGUUUUACCAAAUAUAGAUGAAUAUAUUCUUAAAUCAUUAAUUUGUGUAUCUCUUAAAAUUAUAUGUCCACGCGGUUUUUGUUUGAAGCCUAAGAACUAAAAAACAUAUUCCUAAGCAAACUUGCAAGCAAAAAGGUAUUUUUUUUUGCCAUCUAAUAUUAAAGGGACAAAGCCCAAAGGACAAAGCCCAAAACACAUUACAAAGAUCAAACUAAAAAGCCCAAAAUAGAAGGGCAAACUAAAAGAGUCACUUGGGCCUUAAGCCCAUUGAACUGAAACCCGUAAAAGACGCAUGUUGAAGCCCCACCAAUGAGGAACAUAUGUCACAACAUCGCCACUCGAAUGUCACGUGCCCUAAGGCUGAAUCGCCACCGCACAACACCGGCAAGAGCAUCACCGACAACCUGCUAAUCGGAGAUCCACUAGAACCACACCGGAAACAGGAUCCCGUGCAAAGCAACCGCGACAUCAAUACCUGGAGGUGAAAACUCAGCCACACCGCUUUAGCUUCCAUCGCCGAGACGUGUAAAAAAUCUCUUCUUCAGAAGGAGUUCCGACCUCCAAUUGAACAUCGCCAUCGAAUCAAUCGAACCGGAAAUCGCUUGGAACAGAACGAAACAAAGAAAAAGAGACCAUACAGAAUCUGAUCCAACAUGUAACCAAUUCGCCGUCAAACAUCAAAGGAUGCUGCAAAGCGGAUCCAAAAGCCGGCGGUCCAACACCACAGAGGAAAGUGUGGUCCCCGAAGCCAAGAGCCGGCGGUCCAAUCCCGUAAAAGAGGCAUGGUUCCCAGAGCCAGAAGCCGGUCGUCCACCAUAUGAAAGAUGCGAACAGAACCGGUCAUGCGACGCUUUAUAAGCCAUCGACGCCGGAGAGAAAAACCCGAUGAAAUAUAGAUUGAAACAAAUCUGAAGGCCGAAGACAAACCGGUGAGGUGGAUCGACGACUUUCUCUCUCUGAAAAAUAGAGAGAGUGAAGAGAGAGAAAUUCGCUUGUUUAUUACAAUUGCAAACAAAGAAUAUGCGCAAUCACAAAUCAAUUAAUAAAUAAAAAUAAGUUAACGUCUAUACAUAUCGUCAUUUCAUUUUUUUUUAACACAUACAUAUCCUCAUUUCACAUGCUACAUUUACACUCGAUUCCUGAAUUUUAAAUCGCAUAGCCGAUUUUUAAUUCUCUCUCUCGAAAACUGAAAAAUAAAUAUAAAAAUAAAAAUAGGAAUAAAAAUGUUCUUGGAAACAGAAUAUAUAAGAUAAAUAAUUUGAUUAUACAAUUUCGGAUAAAUACGUUUUCUCCUUCCUAAGUUGAGAAAUGAUAUUAAAUAGCACCGCUGCAAAGAAGAAGCGAGAAAACAAACACGAAAGAAUAUUUCGAGGAAGAAGAAAAUAAAGAAAGAUUUUUCCACACGCAAAGGGUUCCUCUUAUGGAUCAUGUCUUCAUCUAGUAGAGAGCUCUCGUUAUUGAUUUGAAGCCCUAAUGAGAUCAACCGACCAUCGUCUAAUGGAGGAAUCGUCUUCCCCUUCUUCCCACUAUUUCUCUAUUUUCACGAACUACCCUCUGCUUUCCGCCGUAUUAGCUUUCACCAUCGCACAGUUCAUCAAGUUCUUCACCACCUGGUAUAAGGAAAAGAGAUGGGAUCUGAAACGGCUUGUUGGGUCUGGAGGAAUGCCUUCUUCACAUUCAGCAACUGUUACAGCUCUUGCUAUGGCCGUUGGUUUACAAGAAGGCUUUGGAGGAUCUCUUUUCGCUAUGGCUUUCAUUCUCACUUCCAUUGUUAUGUAUGAUGCAACUGGUGUAAGAUUACAUGCUGGACGCCAAGCUGAGGUUCUCAAUCAGAUUGUGUAUGAACUUCCUUCAGAGCAUCCCCUCGCUGAAAGCAGACCCUUGCGUGAACUUCUAGGUCAUACCCCUCCACAGACCAUAUCUGUUUUAUGUGUCAUCAGGUCAUUGUGGGUGGGAUCCUUGGAACUGCUACAGCAGUUGUUGGCUACUUAGUCAACUUGACAGCCAAGUAGCCUAACGUGCGGCAAGAACUCACCUCUUCUGAUCCAUCCUGUGUGAAAGCCUCUGGUAUGUAGCUGAAUCAGCCAUGACAAGCAAAUAGACUCUGGAAACUGGGUUCAUGGACCCAUGUUUCUUUCCGGUGCUCAGCUUGUAUCAUUGACAACAUAGUAUAUAUAUGUUUGGGUCGUGUAAAGAAAACAUGAAAAAAAAGUCAUUACACGGAUAUAUGAUGUGGUAAAAGAGGAGCUUUUGCCUUGAACUAACAAACGAGUAUGAUAUGUUUAGAUUCAGCAGGAUCAUUACUUUUAAACUCAAAUUUAUGGAAACCUCUAUAUCUAUAGUGGAUCUUUGUUAAAUUGCAGAGGAGGGUCAAAUCCAAAACAUCGCCAAGCAAUGGAACCUCUCUUUAAAUUAUUACUGACAUCCCACCCGUAGAAGAGUGUCAUAUCCUUUUCUCUUUUUUUUCUUGGUUCAAAAUUGUCAUAUUCUGUUUUCCACUAUAUCUACAGAGUAAGCCUUUAAAGGUAAUGCUAAUAAUCUCUAGUUCUUCUAGGUCAUUAAACACAUCUCUUAGUUUUUAUUAACUUACGUCUCCUCUGCCACUUUGAAGGUGGCAUGAGCUAUAUCUGAAAUGAUUCCUUUAGUGGCGAUAUUAUAAGGAGGACCUCUUUUCUUGUCGGUACAGCCUCAUGAAACAAACAGAUAGAUUUAAUUAACCAAAGACGUCAUAUGAGAGUGUCUUGAUCAGCAUAUGGAACAUACUGUCUUCUCCGACCAGUAAGAGCUCCAAGAUCAGCAGUCCGAAGAUUCACCAUCAAGAAUAUGUAUGGAGGUGUGUGACCUUAAAGAAUUCUCCUAGUAAGAAGAGCCAUGAAGCGAUCAAAAAUAACAUUUACUCUUCCUAGUGAAUUUGUUGGAAAACUGAGAUACAAAGAGAGAAACAUGUGCUUAAUCUUAAUAAACCUGGCUAUUAGUAACAAACCCGAUCCAACUGUAAGCAAUUCUAGACUUCAAGACUGAGUUGAGAAGCAAUGUUUUGCAUUAUUGAUUAUUCUGAUCAUGGUUCUUCACUGAUAGACCAUGAAUUUUACCCAAUUUUAGUCAUGGUUUAUAAGUGUUUUAAUAACUAAUUACUAUGUUUUGGAGUCUUUUUCGAAUAUUUACAGGUUCAGGUAAAUUAUGGAGAAAUAUGGUAAUUUUUGAGUUUUUUGGAGUCUUUUGGAACCUUUUGAUGUGCAUAACUGCACAGACGCGUCAUAUGUUUAUCUAUGGAUAGAGAUCUUACCACCGUUAUAUUGAUCCCAUCUUUUAACACAAGAUAGAGCUUUGAAUUAUUUUUCCAAUGCCCCAGGUCUUAGAUCAAUCAGCAUCUUGUAGCAGAAAUUAUGCAUGUUUUACUGAAGAGUGGCCAGUCUGUCUCGCGAAAAGAAGCUGUCGAGGAGAUGAAGGAAUAUCGAUCGAUGGUGCACCCUUGGCAUCGAUCGAUGGUACACCCUUGGCAUCGAUCGACGGUGUUUCUAGAAUGCAGGCCGAAUAUAUUUUAUGAUUAAUUUAGGUUCAAAAGUUAUCACAAAUUACCUGAAUAUCUUUACACGACUAAAAACCCUAUUUUACUCUUUUCUAACCCAUUGUUGACGGCUAAGCUUCAACUAUUCUAAAGAGAGAUAGCUUAGGAUUGGAAAGAGAGAUCUGUACACCUUGAGAGAUGGAAGAUCGUGAACCACCUUUGUUUCUUUAUUCUAUUAUGUUUUUAUUUAUCUAUUGCAGUAUUAUUCAGACCAUCAUAAUGUUUCCUAUGAAUAUGUCUGAGUCGUUCUCUUUUUAGAUUUAGGAUUCUUCAAAGGUUAACUUAUGGUUUGCCAAAUCUAUAUUGUUGUUAGGGUGAUUUAAUUAUUUCUUCAUCUAGUUGUUCUUAUUACUAAGCUUAGGGUUGAUAAACCAUGAACUUAGAUCUUAGGAUUGAUUGGUGCAAGUGAGAGAUUGGAAUGUUGCCUGAAUAAAACUAGUAUGAUCUUAUUAGUUAGGCACACGAGAGUUGGUCUAGGUGAUUAGAGAACACAUCAAACCUAUUCGCUAAAGCUUGCUAGAAGUAGUGUCGUCAACACUCCAUAAGAUGCAUCGAUCGACAGUCAAUACCAGACAUCGAUCGACAAUCCAUAGGAGACAUCGAUCGACACUCUCUUAGGAAUUGCAUACGAGAGUUGACAGAUUAUAACUUCAGUUUGAGUUCGAGAACAAUUAAUAUUCAUAAAUCCCUAAUAAUCUAAUAAGUUUACAUAUUUGUCAUGCUGUAUUUUCCCAACUCGUUAACAGCCUCAAUUCAAUCAACUAAACAACUUGUUCACCUAAUAUUCACUGCAUUUACUGCUUACAACUUGCUUGUCUAGCUUUAUUUCAAAGGCUAUAAUUCUAUUGUGUAAUCUUAAAGUUUAUGUGGAUUUGAUCCCUUAGUAGUACAACUGAACCUUUUAUUUGAGAGAAUAAUUCACUCUUUAGGGUAAUUUGAGUGAUAUAUUCACACAUGUUAAAAAUAUAUACUACAGUCUAAUUAUAUAUGCAGAUUAUAUAUUUUUAUAAUUCAAACCAAUAAAAAGGAAUUAGUAAAACAAUUUUUAUAUAUUAGUAAAACAAUUUCUACUAACAAAAUUAGCUUUGUGAAAUGAUUCGAAGUGUUUGUUAAGAGGAAAAAACAAACAAAUAAAAACUAACAACAUCCAAAUGUUUGGCAUUGUUGCAGAGUGUCUAGCCCUUUUGGUUGCACAAGUUGUGAUCAUAUCAACAGGUUUCUCGAACUUUGUAUACAAGUUAGACUGUCAAAAACUCAUUCACCUUUUUUCAGAAAAUUGGUCAUUUGAUGUUCAUUGGAUCUUUUUCGCUAUUCGAUCCCUUAUCUUUCUUUUUGGUGUUAUAUAUGCUCAAUUUCUGUGUUGUAUUUACACUAUGGCAAACUCUUUGGGUUGUGAUGUCUUCCUUUGUUGUAACACCUUCUUCUCUUUUGGAGUUUUAAACUCUUAAAAUAAUGAAGUAAGGUUUGACCAAAAAAUAAAAAAAAAACAAAAAAACUAGCAACUAUAAACUUUAUAAUAGUAGAAAAUCUUAUUUAAACUUAUAAAUAAAGCACAAUUAUUUAAUCUUCAAACGCAAACAUAUUUAUACUUCAAAUACAAUUGUUAAAAGAUAUAAUCACAUAUAUUAUAUUUUUAAAUUUCAAUGUAAAACAUAAAAUCUACAAUUUAAGUUGGUGUUUGAAAUUGGGCUUUGUAUUGUAUUUUUCUUAUAUAUAUUAAAAAAAAAUUAUAAUGGUUACUGAAAAAUAUGUUAGAAAAAAUCAAAUUUUGAAUAUAUGUAUAUUUUUGAAUAAAUUUUUGAUAUAAAUCAAUAUUAAAUUAUUAUUUUGAUUUGAAUAUGUAUAUCAAGUAACAAAACUCAUUACUUUUUAAUAUAAUGUAAUGGACUUCCAAUUUUUUUUAAUAGCAUAAGUCUAUUAUUUUUUUUUCUAACUUACUUCUAUCCAUGUUUCGUAACAACUUUUUUUUAAUUGUUAUCUAUGUUGCCAAACAAAAGCUUAAAGUGUUUUUGCUUUAAUAAGAUAAAUUUAAUUCCGUACAAGACGCGGAUUAUUACUUAGUAUAUAUUAAAUUAAAUAUAUGAGUUAAUUAUUCAUCUAACAUGUAUUUGCUUAUUCAAUAGUAUUUGAGUAUUUAUCCGGGGUUGAAUUUGUCUUUGGUAAAAUUUCUGUUGAAAUAAUGAAAUUUUUAAUAUUUUGGAUAUCUAUUUGGAUUCAGAUUCAGGUAAAAUUCAUAAGCCAAAACACCGUAAAACAAGAUCGAUAUUUAUGUUGGAUUCUGUUUAAUUCGGAUUUAUUUUCAUCGGAUCAGUUGGAUCUAUUAGAUUCAGUUUAUUUGCUCAUCUCUACAUUAUACCAUCACCCAUAAAUUCGAUGGGCUCUGUUUGUAUAAAUUAUUAAUAAUAUUUUUAGAACAGUGUGUCUAUAAAUUGUUGACAAAAAUUUCUUAUAACACGCUACCAUGUAUCACAAUCAGUGAACAAAGUUUAAGCAUUGCUGUCCAGCAUUUUGAAACAUUGUUUUUAUAGCACUAAACCACACCGAAGAGCAAGUCACGAAACAAAAGGCAUGAACGAACUAUGGACUAAACGACUGUAACUUCAAACGAUUGUCGCAUAUUACAAUAACUACAUAAAUUUAUCUGAUAAUGUGUUCGUCGUUCCAUAUCAACUACUUACUAAUUUGACAGAACAUUAGGAACUAAAAAAUUCUUUGGAUAUACAUACAUCAUGUUUCAUUCAUAAGAUUUCUGAAGUAUCCGACCGAAUUAAUGAGAAAUUCAAAUUCUGUAAACUACUCAUUUGCAAGUAACGUCAACUAUUGUUUACUUUUUUUUUGUCCCCCAUCUUUUGUAUCAAAAAUUCAUAAAAGCAAAGUUUUGGUAUCAAACAAAAAAACCGAAUAAAAUACAAAAUGAUGAGCCUUUUGAAAAAAAAAAGAAAA